AUGAACUCGUUUUUUUUCGUCCGAUUAUUCGCAGCAAAGGCCCUCAGACCGACAAUGUCAACUCGGAAAUUUGUCGGAUUACCAGUGUCAGUUUGGGUAGAUCGAAUCGAAAUUCGAGCGGCAGAUUUUGUCUCGCGGGAAACGUACCACUCCAAACCAAUUGUUCACUCGUUUAUAGUCUCCGCUUCCGAUUCGUCAUUCGAUUUCCCUUUUCGAUCUUCUCGAUACUUGUACUAAUGUGCUGACUGAUAGCCUUUUUUUAUACUAAUUCCACUAAUUCGAUUUGUUAUUGACGCUGAUCAUUGUUUUGCACAAGUUAUUUCGUUUCCCUCCGCCAUACCGAGCCUUAUCAGUUGGACGCACAGACUCCGCCCUUUCUCUAGCUCCGCCCACACGUUUCCGCUUAAAUACGAAUCCCGAGCGGCUCAUUGUGCAUUGCAGUAUCAGCAGCAGCAAACACUCACAAACCAUGUCGCUCGCCCGCCAGAACUACCACGCCGAAGUCGAGGCUGCCGUCAACAAGCAGGUAAUCGAUUCUGUGAAGAAUGUUUCGGGUCUUUACUGAUUCGCAUUUCCAGAUUAACAUCGAGCUGUACGCCUCGUACGUCUACCUGUCCAUGUCGUUCUACUUCGACCGCGACGACGUUGCCCUCCCGAACAUUGCCAAGUUCUUCAAGCAGCAGUCGGACGAGGAGCGCGAGCACGCCACCGAGCUGAUGCGCGUGCAGAACCUUCGUGGAGGACGCGUCGUGCUCCAGGACAUCCAGAAGCCGGAGAAGGACGAGUGGGGAACCGCCCUGAAGGCGUUCGAGGCCGCUCUCGCCCUCGAAAAGUUCAACAACGAGUCGCUGCUCAAGCUGCACGCUACCGCCGGCGGACACAACGACGCCCAUCUGACCGACUUCAUCGAGGAGAAGUACUUGGACGAGCAGGUGAAAUCGAUCAACGAGUUCGCUCGCAUGGUCGCCAACCUGAAGAGAGUCGGCUCGGGAGUCGGAGAGUACGUCUUCGACAAGGAGCACUUCUCGGACUAA